AUGCGUCUCUCAUUAAGUCGAUUAGGUAUGACCUGGGGUAGAAUUGGUCAACAACGUGGCAAAGUUGAAUAUACUCUUUCAGCAUAUGAACAAAAUCCAUAUGCUGGUGUUUUUGGUGAUGUUUCAUAUCGUUAUUAUUCUCGACUUUUUAAGACACUUUUCACAAUAUGGGUGCCAAAUAUCUUACUCGGAUACGGAGUUUUUACAUGGGCUAAUUGGGAAUAUACUCGAUGUCAGCGAAAAUUACCAAGUCAAUUUGCUGAUGAAAAACCACCAGAAAAUGAAGCCCAUGGUGAUGAUAAAUAG